CGGUCAUGGAGUCAUAAAACCAUUAUCAUGUUGAGCAAUGUGGUUCAACAUAGGGGAAAUAUAACACUCCAUCUUUCAAAUAGCCCCCUCCUGUUUCAUAACAGAAAAACGCAUCUGUCAUUACUUUUCUCUCUACUUUAUCUCACUGUGUAUCUAACUACAGGAAGUUCAUAUGGUUUUGGGAGCCACUAAACUUCAAAUUGCUGAGCAACUGCUACAUGAGUGAUUAUAAAUGUGGAUAUCAGAUAAGGUCAGAUGAACUCAUUGAUCUGAAAUGCGUUAACUUCCGAUGUUGCCAUACAGGCACAGUGGUAUAGUGGAGGGUAAAUGCAGUUUACAUGGGAGUGUUACUUUUUACACCGCAAUCAGUUUACCCACCUAUUGUUUUUACCAUUACAUCACUGUAUACUGCAAGUCUACACUCAAUCAUGCACCUGAAAUAUACCUUUCUGUCAGUAUGUUCUACUGCCAAUUAAAUGAUGUAUCUAUAGCGAAUUUAAAGUAUCAAUAUCACACAAGUUUGAUACUUUCAUAAAGGUAUACAUUGCAAAUUACUAUCCUAUCAGUAUUCAGUGCCUUGACUUCUACAUGCUCAUCAGAGCCAAGUUUCUACAUAGCAGCUCUGCAGUGCUCAGUGUCAUGAAGAGGAAUUAAGGACCUUUGAUGAAUGCAUGCAGCCAUAAUAUUUAGUCCUCUGUUCAGUAAAGUGCCUUUAAACAUGAAAAGUGCUGCUUUUACAACCGAAGGCUCUGACUGAUGCAGGUGGAUGUAAAGUCUACCUGUUAUCUAUCAGCAGAUCAGAGGAGGUCAGAGGCAGACAGUGGCUGUUAUCACAGUCUAGUAGGUGCCAGGUGGUGUUCAGACGUCCACAACUCCAGCAGAAAGAGAAGGGUAACAUGGGAUUUAACAGAGGGUUUUCAGCACUGGUUUUACUGCUGACGUUUCUCUGGGCAAUUGGCUCACAGACACUUGCAUGCCAGACCCCAGAGCUGAAGUGUGACUUUGUUUGUGACUGUACAGACUGCAUCGAUGAAGACGGCUGUGGCUACAGAGGGAUGGACUUUGUGUGUGACUUUGAGGACCCAGACGUGUGUGGCUGGCAGGACCAGUCCUUGGAGAAGGCCUACUCCUGGGAGAGGCGUCAGAGAGGGGACACACUACCAGACAGCGGACCCUCCUCAGACUUCACUAUUGGGACAGCCACAGGUUGGUUUAUGGGAGUGACCGAAGUGAAGGCACAUUCUCCCAGCACUGCAAUGAUGGCAUCUCCAAUGAUGAAACAGUCUUCUCCCUCAUGCCGAAUGCACCUCAGAUACUUCCUCUGGGACCCAGGGUUCACAGGGCUGGGGCCUGCCCCACUGUGGGCCUCUGUGUAUAGGGAGGAUAGCACCCAGCAGGCAGUGGUGUGGCGUCCUGAGAGCACCAGCGUGCGUGGCUGGAGGGAAGCAACCGUCUUCCUGGGACGCAUCCCCACCACCUUCCAGAUCCGCCUCCACUCCCAACGCACCGAGGGGCGCCGCGGAGACGUGGCUAUAGACCAGCUGCAUUUCUUCGACUGUGCCCUGCCUCUGCCAGUCCCAGGGGAGUCGUGUGCUGCAGGGUUACUGCAGUGUAAUAGGGAGGGCUGUGUGGAGCAGCGUGAGGUCUGUGACGGCGCUGAUGACUGUGGUGACAAAACUGACGAGCAGAAUUGUGGAGGCUACUGGGGCUGUGACUUUGAAGAAGGAGUGUGUAACUGGGACCUGAGGACUGUCUCCACUAGUCUGAAGUGGACAAGGACCAGUCAGGCCAAUAUCUCCAUGACAGACCCUUUUAAAGGACCUGGUAGAGACCAUUCCAACAAUACUGCAUCGGGUCACUUCCUGUAUGUCACUGUACCUGAAGGCGGGCUCAAAUCUGAUUGGACAUCCUUUCAAAGCCCUCUACUGGAACCAACCAAUAGCACAGAUCCUUGCAAGAUGGUGAUGUACAGCCACCAGUUCGGGCCCAGGUCUGGAGGCCUGUCUGUGCUGGUGGCAGACACGGAGAUCUACCCGGUGUGGCAGAGGGGGGGUGCCCUAGGGGACCUCUGGGUCAAGGCUGAGGUGGAGAUCAUUAGCAACACCAGCUUCCAGCUUGUGUUUGUGGCUGCGAUCCGAGACAAGGAGUACGGAGGGGUUGCUAUCGAUAGCAUUAUGAUGUCUCCUAACUGCCGUCUCUCUAAAGGAAAUGUCACAUUAGCAAAUUUCCCCAAACCUCCUGGGCAUCCUUGCACUAGCGACACCAGUAAGAUCUGUGACUUUCAUGAAGACUGUGCAGAUAAAGAUGACGAGGCAAAGUGCGGGGACUUCUCCUAUGAGAAGGGCAGCUCUGGAUGGACAGACAGCAGCCUUGGAAGCCAGCAGUGGGUGCUGAAUGACACCCCCAAAGACAAGUACCUGUUUUUAGCUGAAGCCCCAGGGCAGCAGUUGACUGAGGCACAGACACGCACCCCUCUCCUGGGCCCCUCGGGGCCAGCCUGCACCCUCAACUUCUCCUACUCCUUGACCAGCAAGAGCAAUCACACCGGAGAGGUGUCCAUCCGUGUGAUUGACAGUCUGUUGGGCAGUCUGCCAAGGCUUUGGGAGUUCAGUGGGAAAACAGGAUCUGUAGAGGGGGUGUACCAGCAGGCGCAGGUGUACAUCGGAGCCAGGGAUCACCGCUUCCAGAUGGAAUUUGUGGCUCGUGCUAGGAAGUUGUGCCCAUGUGCCAGAAUAUCUGUGAAGGAUGUUCGUUUCAUCAACUGUCACGCUCAGUAUUUCCCAUCCUCUCCCACAGCUCUGUCAUGUAACUUUGAAGAGGGACUGUGUGGCUGGUACCAGGAUCAAACGGACAACUUUGACUGGAGCCUGCUCACAGGGAUGGACCAUUCCAUUGGCGUCGGUAAAAGCCUUGCUGUAGACGUAUGGAGCCCCUUGUUACGGGGUGUGUCUGGCCGUCUGUUAUCGUACCAUCAGCCAGGCACCUCCGGACAUCACUGCCUGUCCUUCUAUUAUAAGCUCUAUGGGCCUGAGACAGGUGCACUCAGUGUUAAGAUGCGUGAUGCCUACGGCGGUGAGAGUCUGCUAUGGAGCCGCACCGGUGCCCAUGGCAACUUCUGGCAUGAGGGACACUGUCCAGUAUCUGAGCAGCUAACUAGCUUCCAGCUGAUAUUUGAAGCAGUGCGCUCCGGCUUUGACGGGCGGGUUGCACUAGAUGACGUGACAUUUGUGAACCGCCCAUGCACCGUGCCCAAUAAGUGCUCCUUUGAAGGCCAGCAAUGCGGCUACACCACCACUGGCACUGCCCGCUGGCUCCACACUAACUGGCAGUCAUCCAACACUGGGCCAAAAACAGACCACACACUGGAGACAGUGAUGGGGUACUACAUGAUGGCAGACAGUGAUGUGGAGAUCCUACCACAGGGCAGUGUGGCCACCCUUACAUCCCCUGUGCGAGUAGGCGUGGUACAAACAGAGUGUGUUCACUUCUGGUACCACAUGGGGGGAGAGAAUCCUGGUUUGCUGACUGUGUACAUGAAGCCAGUGAAAGGAGAUAGGGUGAAGAUCUUCUCCAACAACCUGGACCAGGGUGAUGUCUGGCGCCAUGGCAACGGCAACAUCAGCAGCACCAUCACAGACUGGCAGUUGGAGUUUGAGGUGCAGGGAGCGGGUGGGAAAGGCACUCAUGUCUCAGUUGAUGACAUAAUUUUCUCAAACCAUCCUUGUCAAACACUUGGUACUAAGUGUGACCUGGAGAUAGGUAUGUGUGACUGGACAAACACUCAGAACCCUGAGCUAGACCAGUUGGACUGGGAGCUGACCAGUGCUGAGGCAGAGACCCACUACCCCACCCCAUCCCAUGACCACACCCUUGGGACAGAGAGAGGUCACUUCCUGUUCCUCCCCAGUAGCACCAGGGACACAGCCAAAUACAAGGCCUGGUUGCUGAGUCCUCAUCUGCCCUCCACCAAGGGCACCUGCCUGCGCUUCUGGGUGUACAAACCAGUCUCCCAUGGUAGUCAUCUGAAGGUGUGGAGGCAGUCUGAAGGCAACCUGAAACAAAUGUUGAGUGUGGAAGAGGUGGGAGCAGUUUGGUCACGCUUCAAUGUUGACAUCACUUCUACUAAAGAGUAUCAGAUUAUAUUUGAGGGUUUGAAAGGAUACACUGGAGUCUUGGCCCUGGAUGACAUUGACUAUGACAUAGGAUUCAACUGUGCCGGUGAAGCAAAAGACCCACUAACAACCACACCAGAACCAGACAACACAGGAGGUAUUGCAGCUUCCACCAUCGUGGUACUGCUGCUGCUGGCCACUCUGGGAGUGUUGCUGUACUACUACCUGCGCAACCAGGACAAAACAAAAGCAAUGACUGGCGGAGCUGUGGAACGAUCAGCUUCGCCUUCCGCUAUCGAAGGCAUUGCCAACGACAUGUAUGACCCACACCUCACACAGGACCGAAUGACCGUGUCUCCAGUUCCAGCACAACCAAUGGCGGGGGACUUCACUAAUGAAGUAUGCUUCUCUGAUUCCACAGAAUUAGUGAGGAAGGAGAUGGUGUAGAAGGGGAGACUCUGCUGCCUGGUGGUGGCUUUGUGAAAUGAAGGCGAUAUCACAGCAGAAGAACUGCUUGUGUCGUCUUGCACCUGACACACACACACACACACACACACACACACACACACACACACACACACACACACACACACACACACACACACACACACACACACACACACACACACACACACACACACACACACACACACACACACACACACACACACACCUGGAUAUCAGGAUAGCAUUGACUUGCUAACUGUGAGUGAAUGGCUAUAGCAUUCACUGCACACCUUCACAAACCCUACACACAAACACACUCACUCUUAUCCAUGUGCCAUUGCAAUCAAUGGAGCAGCUUCAGAUUUGACUGACUGGGUCCUGAAGUCUGGGACUUCUGCUGGUGGACUGUCAGGAUAGUUGGAAGUCAAUAAGAUGAGAUGGCUCGCUGUAUGCAGUUCUAGCUGCCAAAGCAUGAAAUUGCCCCUUCGAUCCUCAGAGACAAGACAGACACUGCUCUGCUUUGGUAAUUCGACUAAUAUUGAGUUAGAUGAAGUAGAAAUGAAGAACACUCUGACAAAAAUGUCUGUCGCAGAAUCCUAUCUGUUGGCUACAGUGCUAAAUUGUACUUAUAGCUUAUUGAUAGGAGAGCCAUGCUAUAUAGCUGUUUAUAAACACAUUCAUAGAAGACAGCUGGUUCAACUUCAAGUAAGAGAGACAAAGACAGAGAGUGGGAUUUGAUGCCUUAUAUUACAAUCUGUGAUAGAAAGGGGCCUUGUUGCAAUUUGCUUCCAAAUACAGUGCUGAUGUUCCGGGGCAAAUAAAAGACUAAAAGGAAAAUAUAAUGAUGAGCAUGUAUUUCCAAGCAAAAUGCUAUUGACAGGUCACUUAGUUGUAUGUUUUGUGAUUAUGAAUAUUACUAAUUAAAACAGAAUGUCAUGCACCAUAUUGCUUCAGUUCAGUUUUACAAUAAAUAUUGUCAUUCCUUUGAU